AUGGAAUUUAUUCACACAUCUUCAAGUCCAGCUACUAUUGCUGAAUUAGAUUUAUUCAAAAUCCCUCCUACACAAACUGUUAUUGAGAGUAUGUAUGACGUAGAAUAUAGACCAGUAGGAUCACUCUCAAAAUCAACUGUUUUUGAAUUUGUUGUACCUGGAUCUGAACACUACACGGACUUGGCUGCCUCAUAUUUGUAUGUUCAAUUAAAGAUCGAUACGGACUCAACAGAAAAAAUAAUUCCUACAAAUAAUUAUGCUGCCUCAAUAUUUGAACAACUUGAUGUUUACCUUGGCAAUGUAAACAUAACACCUGGUAAUAGCUUGUAUCAUUAUCAAACUUUCAUUGAUGAUGUAUUUUUCAAACAUAAAUCAGCCAUUGAUGCAUGUCAAAUAAUAAACGCAGAAGAUAAGCGAGUCGAGCAAGUGAAGAAAACAUUUGACUUUGUUUUACCAAUUCAUGCUCCAAUGUUUCAACAAGAAAAAUUUUUGAUUGAUAAUGUACCAAUUUCACUGAGAUUGAAAUGCGCACCUGCUUCUUUUGGCCUGACCUGCAAUAAACCUAUCACCAAAUUACUUUUUGAAUUUCAAAAAAUAUCUUUGUUUAUUAGAAGAGUCAAACUCUAUUCGCCUGUUCAAAUGUCUAUUACUAAAAACUUGGGAAAAACACCUGUCAAAUAUUACUUUCAACGUAAUGAAGUCAAAUCAUUCCAUCUUCCCACUGGAUUUGCGGCUAACAGCGUUGAUAACGUUUACAACGGACAAUUACCUAGGAAAAUAAUUAUUGGUUUCGUUACAGAUAAAUCAUUCAAUGCUGACCUUGCAUCUGAUGCAUUCACUUUCUCACACAAAAAAUUACAGAGUGCUGCAGUUGUUGUGAAUGGAAUAAAAAUUCCUAGUUCACCAUAUAAACCUGAUUUCGCGGGCAAAUUAUUCAUGCGAGAAUAUUAUAAUAUUUUCAGAUCUAUGAACCAAGACCAUGGACUACCUAAAAUCAGAUUGGAUUAUGCUGAUUAUGAGAAUAAAUAUCCCUUUCUAGUGUUUGACCUCACUGAUGACGGUACUCUUGCAUCUGAUUCUGGUACUCUAUCUCUUAUUAAAAGAGGAAAUGUCCGUAUAGAUAUUCAAUUCAGUGCAGCACUUGACGAAGGAAUGCAUAUGAUUUUAUUUGGUAUAUAUGACAGUAUUCUUCAAAUUGAUGCAGCACGCAAUAUUGUAACCGAUUAUUGA